AUGGUGAUGAACGACAACGGCACCAUGUCGAACACUACUCUGCCCACCUCAUCCGCCGCCAAUGGCACACCGUCCGUCCCCACGUUCGCCGUCAAAGCCGGGCUUGCACAGAUGCUCAAGGGCGGCGUGAUCAUGGACGUGGUCAACGCCGAACAAGCUCGUAUUGCCGAAGAAGCUGGUGCUUGCGCAGUGAUGGCUCUCGAGCGCGUACCCGCCGACAUCAGAAAAGAUGGUGGCGUGGCCCGCAUGUCGGACCCCCACCUCAUCAAGGAAAUCCAAGCCGCCGUCACGAUCCCAGUCAUGGCAAAGGCCCGUAUCGGGCACUUCGUCGAGUGCCAGAUUCUCGAAGCCCUGGGAAUUGACUAUAUUGACGAAAGCGAAGUCCUUACACCGGCGGAUGACACGUAUCAUGUGGAAAAGAGCGGAUUCAGAGUGCCCUUUGUUUGCGGGUGUCGGAACCUGGGCGAGGCACUGCGCCGGAUUGCGGAGGGCGCCGCCAUGAUCAGAACAAAAGGGGAAGCUGGCACAGGCGAUGUUGUCGAGGCCGUUAAGCACAUGCGCACGGUCAAGCAGGACAUUUCUCGCGCACAAGCCGCUCUAGCCGAGGGCGAGGGUGCCCUCAGAGCGCUAGCGAGGGAAAUCGGCUGUGACGCGGUUUUGCUGAAGCAGACCGCCGAGCUGGGAAGACUCCCCGUGGUCAACUUCGCCGCCGGAGGUAUCGCCACGCCGGCCGAUGCGGCGCUGAUGAUGCAGCUCGGCUGCGACGGUGUGUUUGUCGGCAGUGGCAUCUUCAAAUCCGGCAACGCCGCCAAGCGAGCAAAGGCCAUUGUCCAGGCCACCACUCACUACCAAGAUGCAAAGGUGCUGGCGCAGUGUAGCGAGGGUUUGGGUGAGGCUAUGGUGGGCAUCAACUGCGGCACCAUGGCUCCUACUGAGAAGAUGGCCGGUAGGGGCUGGUAG